UGAAUACACAUGGUGACAACUAACUCCAACCAUACCCAUGUGCCCCCACUUAAAUUCCUACCAAAAUUUCCUCUGAAAUUUCUACUUAAUUUCCUCACCAAUUCCCACUUAAAUCCCCACUCUCUUUCUCAAAUCUCUCCCACUUGUGAGAAAGAUAAUGGGCAGAACUCUUAGUUUGAUUCUUGCUCUCUUGAGUGCUCCCAUUGUUUUGAUAGCUGCAGAUUGGAACAUUUUGUACCAAAAAGGAAAACAACCAAAGCAUGGAGUGGAAUUCAACUUGAAAAACUACUGUGAGAGCUGGAGGAUGAAUGUUGAGCUACACAAUAUAAGGGAAUUCGAAGUCGUGCCCGAAGAAUGCACAGAUUACAUCGGGAAGUACAUGAAUUCGGUCCAGUACAAGGUGGAUUCAGAGAGGGCGAUCGAGGAGUGCACCGUGUUUCUCAGCACUAGUUGCGGCUUGAAGAGAGACGGCAGAGAUGCGUGGAUUUUCGAUGUCGACGAUACGCUCCUCUCCACCGUGCCGUACUUCAAGAAACAUCGUUCCGGGGGAGAGAAGUUAAACUUGACCUCAUUGGAAGAGUGGAUGAGCAAUGCUAAAGCACCAGCUCUUGAUCACACAAGGAAGCUAUUUAAUGACCUCAAAGAGAGAGGAGUUCAGAUCAUUUUGGUAUCUUCAAGGAGAGAACACCUUAGAUCAGCCACUAUCGACAACCUCGUUGACGUUGGCUUUUAUGGGUGGACUAGUCUCAUUUUGAGGGACCCAAGUGACGAGGGCAAGGAAGUCCAGAAAUACAAGGCGGAUACAAGAAAGCAAUUGAUUGAUCAGGGGUAUCGCAUUUGGGGCAUUGUUGGAGACCAGUGGAGCAGCAUUGAAGGACUCCCAAGUGCAAAAAGGACAUUUAAGCUUCCAAAUCCUAUGUACUAUGUUUCUUGAUCAUACCACUAUUCUAUCUAGGAAUUGGAUCCUGGGCACAGACCAACUGCAAUCAAUAUUUCGGAUUUGCUCUGAGACUCUUAUUGAUAAGACCUACCGGUUGAUUGUAACCGGUAAAUAUCUCUGAGCAAAUUUAAACCAUUGAUUAUAUUGUAUUUGAACUGUCCUGUCCAGUCCAAAACUUGACCGGAGAAUCUGAACUUCAUAUUUUUUGUUCGCUGGUAUAGUGUCAGUGAUAUUAAUUUCUUAUGGCUACCAAAAUAAAAAGUUUCUUAUGGCUACCAAAUAAAAA